UGCAAAUUCCUCUCUGUAUCUCUUCCCCUGAUAAAACCUGUCUUAUACAUAAUGCCCCCUCUUCCCUUUCCCCGAUCCGAUCUGCCUUGCUUUGAAAUGGUUUCACAGGCAAUUUUCUUUUUCCCUUCUUCUUCUCGUCUUCUGCUUCCUUUCCUUUCCCGGCUUCAUGGCGGACGAUUUCGUCAUUGAGGCUUUUACCCUCCUGGCCAUUGCCAUUCUGACCAUUGCCUGCCGCAUCGCGGCCCGGUGGAUUACGGCGGGGCCCAAGAAUUUCGCACUGGAUGACUAUUUGAUGCCGGUUGCAGGGGUAGUGUAUGCCCUCGAAACCGGCGCCGCCUACUGCGUCAGCGCCUGGUGGCAUGGGCUCGCCAACAACUCCAUGACCGCGGCUGAGCGCGCCGCGCUCUCGCCGCAGUCCGACGAGUACCGGCUCCGCGUCGGGGGAUCCAAGACCCAGGUGCUGGGAUGGUCGCUGUACACUACUCUGCUGUGGUUGCUCAAGACGUGCAUGGCGGUGUUUUAUUCGCGACUGACGUACGCCUCCCCUUUGGUUCUGCCAUUACUCUGCGUUAUCUGUUGUAUGGAUCGGGCUGGGCUGUACAACAUGACCCGUCGCAUCCGCCUCGCCUACAUCUUCAUCGCCUGCACCUACCUCGCGGUCAUCCUGAGUAUCCUGCUGGGGUGCCAUCCGCUCCACAAGAACUGGCAGAUCCACCCGGAUCCCGGGAACUAUUGUCAGCCGGCCGUCUCGCAUAUCGAUGUGUACGUGACGGUGACGCUGAAUGUGGCGACGGAUGUGUAUCUGAUCUCGAUUCCGUUUCCUAUCCUCUUCAAAGCCCGUCUCCCGUGGCGCGAGAAGCUCGAGUUGGUGGUCUUGUUCAGCGGCGGAUUAUUUGUCAUGGCGGCGGGGAUCCUGCGGUGUGUGUUGAUCGUCACGGCCGGCGCAAAUGGCGCCUCGCAAGCCGGUAGCUGGGCUUGCCGCGAGACCUUCGUCGCCGUCAUCAUCGGCAACCUCCCCAUGAUCUACCCCGUAUGUCGCCGGAUGGUCAAACGGGCGGGCACAUACUGGUCGUCCCACAGCCUCCACGCCAAGGGUGGGAGUACGACCACGGGCCCGGGGGGCUCGUCGGGGUAUCCCCUCUCGGAGGGGGAGCAUCAGAGUGCGCAUUCGCAGUCUCGGAAGAAGAAGUUCCGGCAUCCCUUGUCGCUGCCGGAUACGCAGUGGACGCAGUUGGGGACGGUCAGUGAUGAGCAGAUCAUGCUCGCCGCGGUGGAUGAGGAGGGGCGGCGGGUAGAAGGGGAAGGGGGCAUACAUGUGGUUCAGGAGUUGAUUAUUACGAGGCAUUGAGCUGGUUAUCUUGGGGGUGGGGGCUGGAGUUGUAGGUGCGAUGACUACACCGUGUUAUGUUGUUACGAGAUUGUAUAUAUCUUUGUUUAUGGGUUUAUAGAUUGGUUUUGCCUUCUGUC